UUCGCUCUCCCUCAACGCCCCCUCUGUUUUUAAGUAAGAGCAUAUUAAAACUCUAGCUUAUAUUACUAUUCCACUGAGCUUUCUUAAUUGGUUGUUAACUUGGAGCAGAUUUCAACAACCAUUUUUCAAUGGAUUUGAGCAAGGAACGAGCCUCCGUAUCUGAUCCUGCACCUCCUCGAUGGAAGUAUGAUGUGUUCUUGAGUUUUAGGGGUAAAGACACCCGCAAGACUUUCACAGAUCAUUUGUACAACAAUCUGGUGCGCCAAGCAAUUAGGACUUUCAGGGACAAUUCGGGAAUUGAAAGAGGCACCAAUAUUUCUUCAACUCUCUCGACUGCUGUCGAAGAAUCACAGUUUGCCAUCAUUGUUCUGUCACCAAACUAUGCUUCUUCUACUUGGUGCUUGGAUGAACUUGUACAUAUACUUAAAUGCGUGGAAGUAAGGAAUGCAAUCAUUCCAAUAUUAUAUGGUGUAGAGCCCUCCCUUGUUCGAGAGCAAAAAGGAACUUUCGAAGCGGCCUUUGACGAGCAUGAAAGAAACUUUAGCGAGGACAUGAGAAAGUUGCAAGAAUGGAGACGUGCUUUAGAGAAAGUGAGCGUAAUAGCAGGGAUGAAGUCAGAUGACUAUAGUUAUGAGACUGAGCUCAUCAACCAGAUUGUCAAAAUAGUAAGUAACAGAGUGCAUCCCACUUUCAAAUUGUUAGGUUCUGCAAAGAAGAUGGCGGGAAUUGAUUUUAGACCGAAAAAAUUACAUUUUCUUUUGGAUCUAGAAGCAAAUGAUGUUCGUUUUAUAGGCAUAUUUGGGGAAGCUGGGAUAGGUAAGACGUUCACUGCUAGACAAUUUUAUGACGAAUUUUCCCAUUAUUUUGAAGUAAGUUGUUUUCUUGCUGAUGUGGGAAAGGUUUCUGCAACAUAUGGUCUCAUUCAUCUGCAAAGUCAGCUUCUUUCCUCUGUUCUGAAAACCAAUACACAAGUUGUGGACGAUUAUGCUGGUACCGUAAUGACAAAGAAAUGUUUUAAUAAUAAAAAGGUUCUUCUCGUUCUUGAUGGUGUGGAUCAGUUAGGCCAACUAGCAAGAGUGGCUGGAAAUAAAAACUGGUUUGGUCUGGGUAGCAGAAUCAUCGUUACAACAAGGGAUGAACGUCUGUUAGAGGAGCAUGACCAUGAACUAUAUGAUGAGUUUGCGGAGGGUCUUCCAGAAAGUUUGAACUUGGAUUCUCGUCCACCAUGUGUCAAUAAUGAUGGAUUCAGGGUAUGUGCUGGCUGCAACAGGAAUAUUGAGCGUGGGCGGUAUUUAGAAUGCAUCGGAGCUUUUUGGCAUCCUGAAUGUUUUGUUUGCAUCACUUGUAAACUUCCAAUUACUGAUCAUGAGUUUUCUGUUUCCGAAGAUAGCCCUUACCACGUAUCGUGCUAUAAGGCGCAGCACUUUCCAAACUGCGAUGUUUGCAAGACUCUUAUCCCUAUUAGAAAAUCAGACGGUCUUAUUGAGUAUAGGCAACAUCCUUUCUGGCUACAAAAAUACUGCCCCUCUCACGAGCGCGAUGGAACUCCUAGGUGUUAUAGCUGUGAAAGAAUGGAGCCAUGGGCGACCAAAUAUUUUUUACUUCCUGAUGGUCGGAAGCAAUGCUCGGAGUGUAAUGACUCGGAAAUUAUGGAUGAUCACAAGUGCAAUUCCCUUUUUCUUCAAGUACAAGCUUUCUUUGAAGAUUUAGAUAUGAAAUUUGAGCAGCAAAUCCCAGUAAUCUUGGUUGGGAGACGAACACUAAAUAAGGACACCAAGGUAGAAAGGCUCGGUCAUCACUACCUGCCAGAGACUAGAGCAGUUUUCUCGGCAGAACCUAUCGUUACUAGUAUUCUAAGGAUGCUGAAGGGACACAGUAGAAUAACAUCAAUUCGGAUGCUGUAUGGCCUUCCUAGGUUGCUCUCAGGGUCAAUUCUGGCUGCAUUGAUGAUGCACGCAUGGCUAAGGCUGAAUGGUUAUCGGAAUCUGAGCCCAGAGGUUGGAUAUGGUAUCUACCAAGUGUUGGCCCAUACGUGGCUGGACUCUGAGACGUCUUCGGGGUCUAGUUCGACAAUGUCUAAUGAAGGGAAGAAGCUUGGUGAAUUUUUUAAAUAUUCAAUUGAGACAAAUACAACAAUUUACGGGCAAGGAUUCAGGGCAGGUAAUCAAGCAGUGCUCAAGCAUGGUCUAAGGAGGACUCUUGAUCAUAUUCGAACCACAGGAGCUUUCCCCAUUGACUUGUAGAGACAGCGACCAUAUCUGAAUUCUUGUCAGAUGUACUUGAUUGAAUAUUCAGUGUUUUAAAUAAACUAGCAUUUCUGCACGCGCCUUGAUGUUUAUGAGAAUGAGCUACAGUUCCUGAUCAACAAUCUGGUCAUCUUGCCUAAUGCUGCAAGUGGACACCUUGGAAACUCGCAACACCAUGGGGGCUGCUCUUGUCAGUCCUAAUCUUAAGGUUCAUUUUCUGAAGAUAUCGUUAGCAUCAUGUUAGGGAAUCGUGCUGAGAACAUGUCAAUCCUAUUUAGGUUCUGCACGAGGAAUGGGACAUGAAUCCUGAUCUUGAUGAAACUGAGAACAUGUCUAUCCUAUUUAUUCUGCUCUUGAUGAUUCAAUAUAUCCAUCUUAUGUAACUCAAAUCGAAAAGUGUUCUUCACGAAUCUAGUUCGUCUGUUCGAGUACGAUAACAUAUCCAAAUUUAACGUCAAUCCGAUCACCACAUCUUCAGAAAAUCAGGUAGGAAUAGAGACUUUUCGUCACCUCUCUUCUGUUUUUCUAAUUUCGUUUUAGCAUGUACAUCAACUCAUAUAGCUUAGCUAGUCAGGCCGUGCACCACGAGCAUAAAACUGAUUGUCCUACAUACCUGAAUCCUGAUUCUAGUUCCACCACCUUAAAGCACCGCAAUCUUUUGAAUUUAAGUCUAGGAAGUGAACUAUACCU